AUGUAUCACAAUAUGAUUCAAGCUGUGCUUUUUCUAAUAUCGAUCACUGCAGUUGCGGCGCUUAACGUCGGUACAGCGUUGUACAACCAUGUCGAUAUUAUGUACGAUACACCAUGGACUGAAAAAGAUAUGUUGAUGGUACACAGUCGGAUGUUGAUUGAAAAUUUAAUCCCUAAAAACGUAGUCGAUGGAAAUGCAUUCCUCAGCUACAUAAAGCUGAUCAUCAAAACAUCGGAGACAAUCGUUAAUGACCAGACUAGAAGAAUCGCCAUGGUUUCGGUGGCCGAUGCAAUUGGGGGAUAUAUGCAGGGAGUGAUGCUACCGCAUGUGAACCAAAAAUAUUAUAAUGGCCACGAAAGCUUUGAAGUGACCAAUGAGCUGCACGCGUUGUUACGGAAAAUCAAGUUCAUUUUGGACACGGACGGACGCGGUUGGAUGACGCCUGUAGACAUAAUAGGACGGUCGACCACGACCGCCGCCGAUAAGGACGACGACCUCAUCGUCGUCGACGAGGAGGCAGACAACCCGUGUGCGGCACUACUGCUAUACGACGUACCGUCUGACGGACGACCGGCCGCCGUGCCGAUGCCCGCAUUCGACGACAACUCGAAUCCCGGUUCGUUAGCGUUUCCGUUCGCUGUCGGCAAGCGGCUGUUCGCCGUGAACAGGCCGUGGACGGCGGCCGACGACCGCCGUCCGCUGCUCGUCCGGUAUUACCGGCUGGCCGCCGGCUGCACGUCGUCGGCGCCGGAGCAGUUCCGAGCGGACAUUAAUCGUUGGCUGGACGAGGCGGUGGUGCCGCUUUUGGCGAACCGCCGGCGGCGGUGGUAUCCCGUGCUGGCCGGUGCGUAUCGCGUCGUCCUGGCCGCGGCCAAGGCAGCCAGCAAUGGCACUGCGGCUGUGGAUGGCCGACCAAAAUGCGGGACGACGGCGUCCACAACGACUGCGGCAACGGCGGCUACCAACGACAGCGGCGAUGAUUUGAUGCGCGUGUCGUGUGACGACGGGCCCGACAGCCGAGUGCCCAACUCGAACGUUCCGCUGGCUGUGAUUCUCGUGUCGUUGGUGCUCAUCUGGAUUAUGUACGCCUGUGUAUUCGAAAAGAAACAACAAUCGGAGACCUUCACUGCAGUAUAA